AUGGGCGACACAGCAGCUGUUUGUGGCGUGAGGGCAGAAAUACUCCAUACCGAUGAUAUUGCCUCCUGGAAGGUCGCAUCGGAGCUGUCUUCGAGAAGCGCUAAACGGAGGAAAACUGAAGAUGCUGGUGCGAAAUCUGAACCGGGCCCGGUUAUAGAUAAUGAAGAUGACGAUUCGGAUAUCCAGUCAUUCAAUUUACUUGUUCCCAACUUGUCAUUAAGCACCGGUUGUUCACCCAGCAUAUUUGCCAGUGCUCCACCUACAGCUCUGGCGCAGUCUCUAUCCCAUCAACUUCUUUCUCUUCUUCACAGCUCGAAUCUGAUUCGUGCUGAAGAUCUACGGAUAUGGUAUACCCCAGAUCCAGCCAAGGCAUCCGAGACCACCAAUGAGGAUAUCGAGAUGGAUGAUGGGAAUGAUAAUUCGACCCAAACAACAGCCAAGGACCCAGAAGUUAAAGCUUUUUGGACUCUAUAUAUUGAUGUCUUGAUGGUUUCACUUGCAGGAAACCCGUUUGAUGUAGCGUGGGCAGCAAUAGUGGCUGCACUAAAAAACACCAAACUGCCCAAGGCAUGGUGGGAUUUAGAGAGCGAGAGAGUACUAUGCUCUAAUAGAGUUUCUGAAGCCAAAGCCUUACGACUACGUGGUAUGCCGAUUUCGAGCUCAUUCUGCGUUUUUGAGGCUCAUGGAAUGGACGAUUGGAGGCGGGUAUUUCUUCCGUUUGACCAACAAAAGGGGAAAGGGAAGAAAUUGGACGGCUCGGUUUCUAAUGAUGCGGAUGAAGCUUAUGAUAAAUGGAUAUUAGCGGAUCCUGAUGCGUUUGAAGAGUCUUUAUGCCCAGAACGUAUCUGUGUUGUUGUGGAUCUCACCUCGUCAAACUCCGUCGCUAAAAUAGUGCGUCUGGAGAAAAAUGGUGGAUUUUAUGUGGGCAAAGAAGAAAUAAAAGAUAUCGUCAGCUUAGCCACCUCGAGGUGGAAUGAAUUAAAGAUGGUGUUAGAAGGCUGA